AUGGAUCUUUUCACUCUCACGGGGAGGACUGCCUUGGUUACGGGAGGUACCCGUGGAAUUGGCCAGUCCAUGGCCAUUGCUUUAGCGGAAGCUGGGGCCGAUAUUGUUUUGGUUCAAAGAGACACCAGUAACCAAGCGACGAAAGAGAAGAUAGAAAGUUUGGGCCGAAAAGCAAGCAUAUACACAGCAGACCUCUCAUCGAAGGACUCAGUUUCAACUCUUGUCUCUACUGUCCUCGCAGAUGGACAUGAUAUCAACAUUCUCAUCAAUUGUGCGGGCAUUCAGCGGCGACAUCCGAGCCAUAUUUUCCCAACCGAAGACUGGGAUGAGUGUGUCCAGGUUUUGCAAGUCAACCUAUCCACAGUCUUCACUCUUUGUCGCGACGUCGGCGCAUAUAUGCUUACUCGCACCCCCAAUGGAUCGGGUCAGCGUGGGAGCAUCAUUAAUGUCGCCUCCCUCGUAUCAUUCCAGGGUGGACUUACAGUGCCGGCAUACGCAGCUGCGAAGGGUGGCGUAGCUCAGCUCACCAAGGCGCUAUCAAACGAGUGGGCUUCCAAGGGUAUUAACGUCAACGCGAUUGCCCCGGGCUAUGUGGCGACGGAUAUGAACACGGCCUUGAUUCAGGACAAAGAUCGUGCGGCAAGUAUCUUGGCACGCAUACCGGCAGGGCGAUGGGGUGACCCAGAUGACUUCAAAGGCUCCAUUAUAUACUUGGCUAGUCGAGCUAGUGCAUAUGUUAGUGGAGAGGUCUUGACAGUAGAUGGAGGCUGGAUGGGUCGUUAA